ACUACUAUUUCUUUUAGUCACACUCACACUCACACUCAAGUCACGGAUCUUCAAGUUCUUUCCAUUUACUUUCUAGCGACUCAAUUCCAACCUAUUCAAUCCACUCCUCCUCCCAUUCAAUUUUUGAUUCUCCUUCUGCCUCCUCCUACAAUCUAUUUGAUCCUCCUCACAUGGUCUACAAUCCAAUGGCUCCUCCUCCUCCCAUGUUAAACAAUCCUAUGGGUCGUCCUUCUACCUCCUUCGACAAUCCUCCUUCGGCUUCUUCUUCUCAAGCAAAACGUUUUUGGUUUGGAGAUUUGAAACGCUUACGCCACAAUCCAAUGGAUUCUCCUUCUAAAUCAAAACCUUCUUUGUUUCGAGAUUCGGGCUAA